AUGAGACACUCGAGGAUUGCUAAGAGUCGUCGACACAAGAAGUUUAAGUGUGUGGACAACACGUGCCACGAUAAUGACCACAAUGAUCAUGGUCAUAUUGGCACAGACAACAAAUUCAAGGAUCAGUCGAUUCCCAGAAAAUGGCAGCAAAUCCUGGAUCUGAAACAACAGAUGAAACACAAGACCAACACUAAGAAGAAUAAGAGGAAGAAGAUUAACAAUGAAUUGAUUUGUGCUGGUUUUUGUGCCACUUUGGUGUCGAGCCCUAUAGAUGUGGUGAAAACCAGAUUUAUGAACUCCACGGGACAAUACAAAAGUGUUUUACAUUGCGCUCAGACAGUUGCCAGACAGGGAGGCUUCCUUGGCUUUUAUAAAGGAUUCACGCCAUCAUUCAUGCGGAUGGGCUCUUGGAAUGUCUGUAUGUUUGUCACCUUCGAACAGCUCAAGAAAUUGAGCGCUCAGUUCAAUAGUGAACGACAAUCCAAUGCAAGCAAAACAAGUCUCGCUAUUCAAUCGAUUUGCACUCACGCGGAGUUGUCUUUCAUUUUGUGA